AUGAAGCUCACUGUCGUCUCCCUUCUUUUGGGUGCCAGUAUAGCCCUCGCUAUUCCCAUCGUUGAGCGAGACAGCUCUAUCCAGAUUAGUGACUUCUGGGCCAGAGCUAGCGCCGGAUCCUUUGCCACGAUGCAUUUCGUCGCGACUGAUCCAAACUACCCCAACGACACCCCUACGGACUGCAACCUGAUCUGGUCAUACGGAUCUUCGCCAAAGGAAAGUGCCCGAUGCAACAACAGUCAAUACUACAUCCACUUUCCCGAUGGUGCCGUGGACUUUAACCAAUUUACACUGGGACUUGAGAGAUUCUCAGGCCCAAUUGCUGAGAACGGCCAUAUCUUGCUGAACUCGGGUACGCAGUGGUCUUGUGUAAGCAAUCCGGAGAGCAACGUUCAGCUGAGCUGCUCUUAUGAUGGUGUUCUUAGCAUGCCCGUGUGA